ACAAUCCAAGAUGGCGACGCUCAGGCUGGUGCCGGUGGCGCUGCUCACCUGCCUGCUGGCCGGCGGGCGCUGCUCGGGCCCGGUGCCCCUGGUCAUGUGGCACGGGAUGGGUGACAGCUGCUGUAACCCUGGAAGCUUAGGAUACAUUAAAAAAAUGGUGGAAAACAAGAUACCAGGAAUUUACGUUCUGUCGCUACAGAUUGGAAACAAUGUGGUAGAGGAUAUGGAGAACAGCUACUUCAUGAAUGUGAACAAACAAGUGAUGCUGGUUUGUGACAAACUCGCUAAGGACCCUCACUUGCAAGGAGGAUACAAUUCUAUGGGAUUCUCCCAGGGAGGCCAGUUCCUGAGGGCGGUGGCACAGAGAUGUCCUUCUCCUCCAAUGUUCAAUUUGAUUUCCAUUGGGGGGCAGCACCAAGGUGUGUUUGGCUUUCCACGCUGUCCCGGGGAGAAGUCCCGCAUCUGUGACUGGCUCCGAAAGAUGCUGGACCUUGGCGUGUACACGAAGGUGGUUCAGGAGCGCCUAGUGCAGGCAGAAUACUGGCAUGACCCUGUGAAGGAGGAGGAGUACCAGAAAAACAGCAUCUUCCUGGCUGACAUCAAUCAGGAGAAGGGCAUCAACGAGACCUACAAGAAAAACUUGAUGGCUUUGAAAAAGUUUGUGAUGGUGAAAUUUCUCAAUGACUCGAUGGUAGACCCUCCAGCCUCAGAGUGGUUUGGAUAUUAUAGAAGUGGGCAAGCCAAGGAAACCAUCCCCCUGCAGGAGACCUCGCUGUACACAAAGGAUCUGCUGGGGCUGCAGCAGAUGGACAAGGCAGGAAAGCUGGUAUUCCUGUCUGUGGCAGGAGAUCACCUUCACUUUUCUGAAGAGUGGUUUUAUACAAACAUCAUCCCCUUGCUACACUGAAGUCAAUGUGUGUCAGCAGCCUGACAAGAGACGGCAACUUCCUUCAGACCAAGCUCCUGAUACAAGGCUGAGGAAGUCACCCUGUCAAGUUCUAACUUGGAUCCAAUUGCUGUAGCUAACUAAGCUGCCACUUACUGCAUAACAGCACGUCCCCCAUGCUGCAGCAUGGUAUGAGGGCUAACCAGGUAUUUAAGGGCAUACUAGUCUGCUGGCUGUUGUCAGAGUCCAUUAGAAAUGGCACGGAUUAAAUUUUAGUAGGUUUAAAUUUAAUAUGCUAUUAUGGUGCAGCAUAUGGUCUCAACCCAGACUAGGUAUCUGUGUUAGUAAGUUUUGUAUGGUUUUCAGAGAAGCUAAUGUAAGUGCACCAAUCACUUGCUGGAGCAUAGUUCAGUGGUUUUCAAACUUCUUUUCUGGUGACGUAGUUGAAGAAAAUUGUCUGUGCCUGUGACCCAACAGAGCUGGGGAUGAGGGGCUCGGGAUGCAGGAAGGGGCUCAAGGCUGGGGAAGAGGUUUGGCCUGUGGGUUGGGGAUGGGAAUGAGGGGUUCAGGGUAUGGGAGGGGGCUUCGCUGGGGCAGGGAGUUGAGAGUGCAGGAGUGGGUUAGGGCUCCGGGUACAGUCUCUGGGGUGGGGAUAUGGGUUUUGGGGGGGGCUCAGGGCUGGGGCAGGAGAUAGAGGUGUGGGUUUACCUCUGGCAGCUCCUGGUCAGUGGCACAGUUAGGGUGCAGAGGCAGGCUUCCUGUCUGUCCUGGCACCAUGGACCGUGUUGUGCCCUGAAAGCAGCCAGCAGCAGGUCUGGCUCCUAGGUGAAGGCAUGCAAGCAGCUCCACAGAGCUCUUGCCUGCAGCCCCAGCUCCCAUUGGCCGGUUCCCGGCCAUUGGGAGUUCAGAGCUGGUGCUCAGGGUGAGGGCAGCCCACAGAGCCCUGUGGCCCCCCCGCUUAAGAGCUGACCUGCUUCUGGCUGCUUCCAGGGUGCAGCAUGGUGUCAGACUCAGAACAAGUAGGGAAUGCUAAUUUUUACUGGCUGGCUGCCAGGGUCCCUGGGUGCUGAGCAAGGCACCUCAGUACUGGGUCAUGACCCAAAGUUUGAAAACCACUGGUAUAGUUUAACAGCUGAGCCAUUUGAGACUGGGUAGUAUCAGUUCUAACCAUAUUCCUGUCCUUCUGUCAGGAUACUUAGGUUAAUACUAACAAGCAUAACUAGUUUAAGUAAGGCCCAUAGAAUGAGGACCACUACUUAGAUUUAAGGACACGUUUGUAGAAAUAGGGGGAAAGAUAGCAUUACAGCUGGGGGAAGGGGUGCUGGCUCAUGGGAGAGAGUGGGUUCUCAUGGGAUUAAGUUUUCAAUGAUUAUUAAAAGCUUUUUGAUAGUUGUCAGCUGACUAGCUACUGUUGUGCACUGGUUCAAUGUUGAUUCUCUUUAAUAAAGAAUGUUUUACAGCUA